UUGAACUAAAUCGAUGACGUGUUUGUCGGGGUCCUUCUGGACUUCCUGGUGUGCGUAAACAGAUGACCGGUUGAGUCGCCUCGCUUGAAAAAUGUCUAAAGUAACGUUUAAAAUUACGCUAACGUCGGACCCACGGCUCCCUUUCAAAGUAUUAAGUGUUCCAGAGAGCACGCCGUUCACAGCAGUUUUGAAGUUCGCCGCCGAGGAGUUCAAAGUCCCAUCAGCCACCAGCGCCAUCAUCACCAAUGAUGGAAUAGGAAUCAACCCUGCACAAACAGCAGGCAAUGUGUUCCUGAAGCACGGCUCGGAGCUGCGCAUCAUCCCCAGAGACCGAGUGGGAGGACGAGGAGACCGACGCCGCUCGUCUCCGCCGAGGAGACCCUGACCAGACCUCUCCUCGUGCCCUAUUUAUGUACUGCUCUCCCGUGUGUGUGUUUGUGUGUACAUCUACACUCAUCAUGGCACGCCGCAUGCUGCCCGCUGGGCGUUCCUCAGUAAGUGUAUGUCAACAUCUUCAUUCUUAAUCUUCAUGAAUGACAAUAAAACACCACUCACAUAACAGGCGACAACUUAUUGGACCAUAUUUGGUAACUCAUUACACAUUCCAACCGCAAGAACUUUAACCCAGAACUUUGGUGUGUUGUCAAAACUUAGUUCCAAGGUAAUUUACCAGGGCCUAGAGUAGGCCCUGCAAGGGUGGGAUAUUAAUGUUUGAUCGGUUCAGGAACCAGUGGUGUUACUAAUGAAAAUUAAAAACAGAAACAUAUAACCACAGACAAUUGUCUCAUUCAUCAUUGUUAUCAAAAUGAUUUUUUUUUGGGGGGGGGGUUAGUGAGUAUUGGAAAAAAAAGCUGUACUUGUAUUUAACAUACGUUUGUAAUCAUUUGACCCAUGCAUGUUUAUCGAGGCCUUAAAGAAGAACCUGCAUUUGCAGUGCAGUACCUUCGAGAGGUCUGGGGACCUUUUGGAUCUGCAACAGAUUGGAAUUUGUUUUAUUUGUAGUAACUGCCGUAGAUAUUCCAAGUCCACGCAGCCCUGUACAAAUGCCAUGUUUCUAUUACCGGUAUAUAUAUAUAAAAAAAAAGAGCCCAAGAUAACUCAUUUCAAAAUUUAACGGUGAAACCAAACGGUGGCAGCAUCAUGCUUGAGGCUGUUUUUCUUCAGCCGGGACAGAGACCUCAGUCAAAGUGGCGCAAAUUUUGAACCUUUUUUUGAAUGGGUUUACUGAGAGGAGCUUUUAUAUUGUGUUCAAUUUCCAUGCACACAGACUAUUAUCGUGUCUUUAUCAAAUUAUGAACUGCAGAUCUUUUCAAUGCCCUGUCUAGCAUUAAUAAAUGGAUGCUUCAUUCUUAAUGUUUCCGG